AUGACCACUGCAGUCAUCAAGUUUCAAAAUGGUAGAGGAAAUUGUUACAUGGCACGAGCUUUACUAGAUUCUUGUUCAACAGUCAACUUAAUUACUGAAGAAUUUGCUAAUAAAUUAAAAUUACCAAAAUUAGCUUGUUCAAUUAACAUUGGGGCAGUUGACGGUUCGAGCACUGUCUCAAAUAAUUAUGUCAGAGCCACUUUUCAUUCUGUUUACAAUAAUUCCAGUCAUGAAUUAAAUUUCUUAAUAGUUAAAAAAAUUAUUGAUUAUGUGCCUAAUGAAACAUUUCCUCGUGAACGCUUUGAUAUCCCUAAAAAUAUUAAGCUCGCUGAUCCUGAAUUUCACGUUCCUAAAUCAGUCGAUGUUUUGUUGGCUUCUAAUACUACCUUAUCGUUGCUAUCUGUAGGUCAAAUAAAACUUGAUCAUGAAGGUUCUCAGAUUAUCUUUCAGAAAACUAUGUUAGGUUGGGUAGUUGCAGGAGGUUCCCAUGUUCUAACACCUUCAAGUAGAGCAUCUUGCAAUGUCGUGAAGUUGGAUCGACUGCUUGAGAGAUUCUGGAAUAUCGAAGAUCUUGAUCACGAGCCAUUGAAGUCUCGCGAUGAUGUAGCAUGUGAACGACAUUAUGUCGAAAAUACUCAACGUGACGAGUCCGGAAGAUAUAUCGUUCGUCUGCCUUUCAGAGAUAACAAAUUCGAGUUAGGUCAUUCUCGAAGGCAAGCUUUACAGCGUUUUCAAGCUCUCGAAAGAAAAUUCGGAGCCAAUCCAUCGUUCAAGGAACAAUAUGUAAAAUCCAUGGACGAGUACAUUGCUCUAGGUCACAUGACCUUGUGUGAUGAUGAGUCAAAAGAUGGCUAUUAUAUCCCUCACCUUGCUAUAAUGAAGGAAUCCAGCGAGACUACGAAGUGCAGACCUGUCUUCGAUGCUUCUGCAAAAACUUCCAAUGGUAUUUCGCUCAACGAUGUUCUUAUGCCUGGUCCUACAAUUCAGGACACCAUUUUCAAACAAAUCUUACGAUUCAGAACACAUCAAUAUGUUGUUACUGCAGAUAUCGAGAAGAUGUAUAGGCAGAUUCUUGUGCAUCCUGACGACCGAAAAUAUCAAAAAAUUUUGUGGUAUAUUCAAGGUAGAAUUCGUACUUUUAUCCUCAAUACGGUGACAUUUGGUACUUCUACCGCUCCAUUCCUUGCGAUUCGUACUCUUCAUCAGCUUGCGCGAGAUGAAGCGAAAGAUUUCCCUCAUGUCAGCAAGCUUCUUCUUCGUGACUUUUAUUUCGAUGAUUUCGUAUCCGGUGCUGAUUCUAUCGAAGAAGUUUUGAGUAUCCAAGAUGAAAUGACCGAGCUCCUAAGUCGUGGUGGGUUUGUCAUCCGCCAAUGGGCUUCGAAUCAGGUCGCUGCUCUAAGUAACAUAGACAAGAAGAUCUUCAAUCUUGAGUGUGGAGUAACAGAAAACUUUAUUCACAAAACUCUAGGAGUCAUUUGGGAUUCUGAACGAGAUGUCUUCACUUUCUCUGUAAAAACUAUCGACCCUCAAGCUACGUCUACAAAAAGAAAGCUUGUGUCUGAAGUUGCCAAGGUUUACGAUCCUCUGGGCCUUUUGGGUCCCGUAAUUCUUGGUGCUAAGGUAUUGAUUCAGGAUUGCUGGAAAGCAUUAAUCAAUUGGGAUGAAUCAUUGUCACAAAACAUUCAUACGAAGUGGGUAUCUUUGGCUAACCAGCUUCCUUGUUUGCAAGAUUUUGCAACUCCUCGACAUUUACUAUGUCCCAAUGCUGUCUCGGUUUAG